GCUCAUCGGCUGUACUCAACCCCGAAGGGUUGCCGCAAUGAGCGUUGCCAAACGUGUCAGCGAGGAGAUGGAUGUUGAGCUGGGUGGUCUGGUAGGAUAUGCCAUCCGAUUUGAGGACUGUACCAGCGACGCGACCGCUAUCAAAUAUGACUGAUGGUGUACUGCUCAGAGAGUCCCUGACCCAGCAAGAUUUAGACAAAUAUUCAUGCAUUAUCAUGGACGAAGCUCAUGAACGUGCGCUCAAUACUGAUGUUCUCAUGGGUCUGAUCAAGAAAGUCCUUGCCCGCCGCAGGGACCUGAAGCUCAUCGUCACAUCGGCCACCAUGAACUCGGAACGCUUUUCUCGCUUUUAUGGAGGAGCACCAGAAUUCAUCAUCCCUGGUCGCACAUUUCCUGUCGACAUCCAGUAUUCUCGCUCACCUUGCGAAGACUAUGUGGACAGUGCAGUCAAGCAAGUCCUUGCCAUUCACGUUUCGCACGGGGCAGGAGAUAUCCUUGUUUUCAUGACCGGUCAAGAGGAUAUCGAGGUUACUUGCGAACUGAUAGAGGAGAGGUUGCGCCAAUUGGUCGAUCCGCCCAAGCUAAUGGUGCUUCCGAUUUACUCCCAAAUGCCUGCGGAUCUCCAGGCCAAAAUUUUUGACCCUGCUCCUCCAGGCGUGCGUAAGGUGAUUGUUGCUACCAACAUUGCUGAAACAUCCCUGACGGUGGAUGGCAUUAUGUACGUGGUCGACGCCGGCUUCUCCAAAUUGAAAGUCUACAACCCGCGGAUGGGAAUGGACACGUUACAAAUCACUCCUGUCUCUCAAGCCAACGCUUCUCAAAGAGCAGGAAGAGCAGGUCGUACCGGCCCUGGCAAAGCCUUCCAUCUGUACACCGAAAGCGCUUUCAAAAACGAAUUCUAUAUUCAGACCAUCCCCGAGAUUCAGCGGACAAACCUGGCCAACACGGUCCUGCUGCUCAAGUCACUUGGUGUGAAAGACUUGUUGGAUUUUGAUUUCAUGGAUCCACCUCCACAAGAUACAAUUACGACUUCAUUAUUCGAUCUCUGGGCUCUCGGUGCCCUUGACCAUGUUGGCGAGUUGACCACAAUAGGUCGUACUAUGACUGCCUUCCCGAUGGAUCCGUCCCUGGCGAAGAUGUUGAUCACUUCUGCCACCGAUUACGAAUGCAGUGAGGAGAUGCUCACAAUAGUCAGUAUGCUUUCCGUGCCAUCAGUCUUUUACAGGCCCAAGGAAAGACAGGAAGAAUCGGAUGCUGCAAGGGAGAAGUUCUUUGUGCACGAGUCGGAUCACUUGACGUUACUGCAUGUCUACAAUCAGUGGAAGAGCAACGGAUAUAGCGAUGGAUGGUGUAUUCGGCAUUUCCUGCAUCCCAAAGCAUUGAGACGAGCGAAAGAGAUCCGUGAACAACUGCAUGAUAUUAUGGUUGGGCAGCAGAAGAUGGAACUUGUCUCUUGCGGCACCGAUUGGGACGUCAUCCGAAAGUGCAUAUGUUCUGGCUACUAUCACCAGGCCGCCCGCCGUCGCGGAGUCGGCGAGUAUAUCAAUCUGCGCACCAGUGUCACGGUACAACUCCAUCCUACCUCCGCUCUUUACGGCCUCGGAGAUCCGCCAGACUAUGUUGUCUACCACGAACUCAUCCUUACCAGUAAGGAAUACAUGAGCUGUGUCACAGCAGUUGACCCACACUGGCUGGCGGACCUUGGUGGUGUCUUCUACAGCCUGAAAUCGAAGGAGUACAGUGCGAAGGAUAAGCGAAUCAUCGAGGGCGAAUUCAAUCGUAAAAUGGAGAUUGAGCGCCAAAUGGUAGAGGAUCGCCUCAAGGAGGAGAAGAGGCUGCAGGAACAGGAAGAAAAGGAAAAAUUGCUGGCUGGGAGGGUCAAAAGCAGUGGGGUCGUGGUCAAGAAGAUAGGCAGCAAUGGGGUAGUCAAGAAGCCUAUCGUCCCAAGAAGGCGCAUGGGUUUCUAGAUAGUCUCCUGAAUAUCAUGAAGUUCCUGUGGCCAAUCUGGCUGUCCUUCAAACACAA